AUGUUCAAACUUGAAUCAUAUAUAACUCCAUGGCUUCUAUCUUAUAUUGAUCAAUAUGUAAAAUUAAGACGUGAAGAUUUUCAAUUAUCUUUAUGGGGUGGUGAUGUUGUUUUGUAUAAUCUCGAAUUACGUUUAGCUAAUAUACAAAAAUUAGUUCCAACACUUCCAAUUAUUUUUCAAAGUGGAAUUAUUCAUGAGUUACGUAUUCAUGUUCCAUGGAUUCGAAUCAAUUCAGAACCAAUUGUUGUAACAAUAAAUCAAAUUGAACUUGUUAUUGUUUUAAAUAAAGAAUGUACAUUAUCAAAUGAUAAUUCAUUAUCAUCUGAAGAUGAUAUUGAUUCUGAUCAUAUACUUAUUCAACAACAACAACCAACAACAGCUGAACAAUCAAAUUAUAUUCAAACUGUACUUGCACGUAUACUUAAUAAUGUACAUAUAAUUGUUAAUAAUUUAAUAAUAAAAUUUAUUGAAGAAGAUAUUGUUAUAUCAUUAUCAUCACGUACAGCUGAAUGUUAUGCUGUUAAUCAAAAUUGGUUUAAAUCAUUUAUUGAAUUAUCACAACAAGAUUUAUCAUUAAGACGUUUAAUAACAUUACCAGAUUUAACAUUAUGUUUAGAUAAACGUGAUAGUACUGGUAAAGUUCAUCGUUAUGAAGUACCAUUAUUAUCACGUUGUUCAUUUGAAUGUCGUAUACAAAUGUUAUAUUCAAAUGUAUAUCAACAAUUAAAUACUAAACCUAUACAAACACGUUUAAGUUUUAAUUGUGCUAAUAUUGAAGUAUCUAUUGUUGAUAAUCAAUUAUCAAUGAUAAUGCGUUUAACUGAAAUUAUUAUGUUACUUAUUAAUCAACAAAUACAUUCAAAUGAAGAAAAUAAUUUAUCAAAAGAACAGAAAAAAAAUUUACGUAAUAAAUUAAUUGAAUCAUCUCUUUCAAUAUCAUCAUUACCACCAUCACCAUCAUCACCACUACCAAUACCAUCUGUACCUUCAAUAAUAAAUUCUGAAGAUGGAACAACAGUUACUUCAAAUAAUUCUCAAACAGGUUGGAUGUCAUGGGCAUGGUCUUAUGUACCAUCAGUAACAACACUUUUUGCUGAAGAUGAUUUUCCACCAGAGACUGAUAAUUCUAAUAAUUUAUCAAAUGAACAAGAAAUUAAACAAGAAUCUCGAUUAGAAGAACAGAAUAUUUUAACAACGAAUAAUAUUAGUCAUACUCCAACACCAAUACUUUUUGCUGGUAUUGAAUUAGAUCGAAUUAGUUUACAAUAUAAAAUUACAAAAUCAACUGGUAAUAAAACUUCUCUUGUUCCAUUUAUUGGCUUUCUUAUUGAAAAAGCAAAUAUAAUUGUUGAACGUUAUAAACCUACAAGUACAACAGCUGUCGAUGGUCAAUCAGUUGUUUCUCGUGUACGUAAAGUAAAAGUAUUAACAUCAAAAAUGUCUUUAAUGUGGGAUGAAUGUUUAUGUUUAUCAUUAUCUGAUGUUCAUUUUACAUUACAUUAUGAUCGUCAUGUACGUAUGACACAUUUUUCUUUAAUUAUAAAUGAUUUGAAUGCAAGUUUCAAUAAUAAUUUACUUAUAUAUCCAUGUCAAGCAACAUUAAAACUUGAUCAUCAUCGAACAUAUUCAUUACUUCAUUUAGAAUGUUCAUCAUUAACUGGAAAAAUUGAUUUUAAUCUAUUAACUUAUUUAAUAAAAGUUAUUAAUCAAAUACGAACAAUAGUUGAUAUAGCUAUAUCAAUAUUUCAACCAUCAAAAAUUAUUGAACCAAUUAAUGAUGAUAUUAUAUCAGUUGAUGAUUUAAGAAAUGGUUCAAUGAAAUGGAUAUUUCAAACUUCACAUGAAUUACCUAAUAUAAAUGAAAUUUUUUUUACAACAAUAAAUCAUCAAAAUAUUGCAUCUUGUAUGACAUGGAAAUAUCCACAACGACGAUCAUUACUUAAAUGUCAUAUACUUCCAUUACCAUUUGAUGAUGAUCUUAAUGGAAAUGUUAUGACACAUAAAAUAAAAACGGUUGAAUGUUUAAUGCAAUAUUGGCAUUUUGGUACAAAACAAUUUGUAACUUGGCAAACAUUUGAUUUAUCUGAUGGUCAAGCAUUAUUUCUUGAUUUUAGUAAUGAUCUUGGACAAAAUCCAUAUUCUGAAAUGUGGCGUAUUGUUUUACUUAAUGCAUCAUCAAUUAUACAUCAAGCGAAUUCUUUAGCUGCAUCAACACGUAUUGAUUCAUUACAAAGUCAACGUUAUGAACCAUCAAUUGAAAUGACAAUUAAAAUACCAAAUAUAUGUUUACAUUUUAUGAUAGAUCCACAGAAAGAAAAUUCAUCUUCAAAAUUUCAAUCAAUUCUUAAUGGAUGUAAACAUGAUGUUCUGACAUUACAUUUAGAUAAUGUAUCAUUUGAUUAUAGUCAACGUCUUGAAACAAGAUUAAUGAGUAUUGAAACAUUAUUAUCACUUGAAGCAUUAGAAUAUCGAUUUUUAACAAAACGUUCAUGUAUUGAACCAGCAUUAGUUAAUCUUGAUUUAUUCAUUGAUGUAUCACAAUCAAGUAUAUUAACAAAUUUACCUGAUAUAUUUAAUUUAAAUAAUGGAAAAUAUAAUCAAUUAUUUCGUUCAGCUAAAACAUCAAUUCUUUAUCAAUUACAUUUUGAUAUUGAUCAUAUUAAUAUUCGAUUAAGUCAAUCAUUAUGUCAUUUAAUUAAUAUUCUUUACCAACAUUGGAUUCGAUCAGAUAUGAUCGAAGUUUUAGAAUUAAAUAAAUUCAAACAGCAAGCUUUAGCUUUAAGCAAUAAUGAUAAUCCAUUGUAUUAUACUUAUUAUCUAUUUACUAAUCAUCUUAACUGUCCUGUUGGUUUAAAACAACAUAAAACAACUGAUAAUUUUCUUAUACUUUCUCCAUCACAAACAACAGAUUUUGUUUGGACUAAAUUAAAUACAGAUGAUAUAUCUGUUCAAUUUUCACUUGAACAUUCAUCUAUAGAUCCAAUCUAUUCAUUACCUAUUGAUAUACAUCAUACAGAUAAUAAUAUUAAACAAAUAGUUCAAUUUAUUCAUAGUCCACAUUCAUUUUAUUUACAUAUUCAUUAUGAUGAACAUCAAAUACGUCGUCAUAUACAUAUUAUUGGUAAAUUAAUACUUAAAAAUCUUUGUAAUAUUGAUUUAAAUAUAAAAUUUUAUUUAAAUGUUGGUUCAAGACAAAUGGAUAUAUCUUUAUCUAAAAAUGAAUUAUAUUUAAGUUGUUUACAAACAAUUGAUGAUAUUGAAUAUAUUCAAUGGAAUUCAUCAAAUAAAUAUUCAAUUGAACAAUUAAAUCAAGAUGGUAUUAUUUCAACAAGUGAACAAUUAUCAAUAUGGAUACAUUUAUUUGAAUAUGAAAAUUUAACUUGUUUUAUAUUUACACCUAUUAUUAUUUAUCGUUCAUAUUUAACACAAUCAGUUUUAGUACAUUUAAAUAAAGAUAAAACAUUUAUACUUCAAUCAAAUGGUAAUUAUACAUUUUUUAAUGAUUUUAUUUUUGAUAAUUCAAAUUCAAUAAUAUAUGAACAUCGUUUACAACAAUUUGAUGUUGAACAAUUAACAUCAUGUAUAUUUGAAUUAAAUAAACAAUCUUAUUUAUCUAUAAAUGAAUUUGAAAAUAUUCAACAAGAAAAUUCGAGUUUAAUUGAUUAUUUUUUACAAACUAAAAUACUUUAUUCAUCACAAUUUGAUGAACAAAAUUCAACAUAUUCAAUUAUUGAUCUACUUCGACAACAACAUUCUAAAAUAAAACAAACUGAUGAUGAUAUUCCUAUACCAUUAAUUGAACAAACAAAUGAAAUUUUAAAUACAUCUCUUGUACCAAGUAUUGGUGCUAAUGGUCCAUCUAUGUAUGAACCACCAAUUACAUUUCAAACAAAAAAAAUUGAAAAUCUAAUCAAUCCAACGAAUAUAAAAACAAAUUCAAUUGAUUGUCGUAUUGAACCAAUACGUCUCUAUUCACAUUUAAAUACAAUAUUAAUUGAAUUAAAACCUUUAACAUUAAUAAAUAAUUUAACACCAUUUAAUUUUCAUUUAUAUGCAAAUGCUGGUCAUGAUCAUACAUAUAUACAGUCUGAUCAAAUAAAUUGUCUUUCAAAAUUAGAAUAUAGUCAAAUACAAUUUAUACUUAUUGAUCCAUAUGAUGGUGAACAUAUUCAAUGUCAAACAAUUGAUUUAAUAUUUCGAAAUAUUUCUAUGAUGAAUACAACAAAUAUAAUUAAUAAUCGUUUAUAUAUAAAUGGUUCAAUUGAUUUAUAUUUUAUAAAAUCAUCAAAUAAUGAUUAUUUUAUUAUUCAUUUAAAACAUGAAUAUCUUGAUCAUACACAUAUAUUAACAAUUGAAUCAAAAUAUCAAUUUAUUAAUCAAACACAACAAACAUUAUUAUGUUAUAUAUUACCAAUAUCAAAACAACAAUAUACAAUUGAUUAUCCAUAUAAUUGUUUAGAAAUAAAAAUUAAUGAAAAAAUAAAUUUAUAUCGUUUUCAAGGUAUACCAUCAACAGAUAUUAUUUAUUAUUUAUUAUUUCAAAAUGAAUUAAAUGAUAAACAAUAUUUAUCUAAACCAAUUAAAUUAAUGACAAAAAUUGAUGAAAAUGGAAAUCGACAAUGUUUUUGUUUAUAUAAAAAAGAUGAACAAAUUAAAUUAAAAUCAUCAACAUUUCAAAGUUUACGUGGAGAAUUAUUUUCUAUUAAUCAAUUAAUUAAAACAUCAACAAGUCAAAUUGAAAUAUCAAUUAAUUCUAAUCCAUCUUGGGCAUUUUUACAUGUUGUUAAUACUUGUUCAUGUCCAUUAUUAUGUCGAUUAGAAAAUAUUUCAUCUAUGUCACAUAUAAUUCCACCAUUUUCAUCAUCAUUUAUUGGAAUUGAUUCACCAGAAUCAUCAUCAUCAUUAAAUAAUAAUAAUAAUAAUUUACAAAAUUUAAUGAAUGGUUCAAGAUUUUAUUUAGCACAAUUCUUAUUAAAUGAAAAUUCCAAUAAUGUUAUUCAAUUAAUAACAGAUUAUUUUCAACAAGUAACAACAAAAAAUGUUCAAUGGAGUAGACCAUUAAGAAUUGAUUCACAAUUAGAAGAUGUCUUUUUACCAGUACCCGGUUUACAUGAUGUUUUAAUUCAUUCCUUAUCUGCAUCAUUGCCAGCAAGUCGAACAUUAGUAAUUGAACCUGUUCAUCGUCAUCGUUCAAUAAAAACAACAACAACAUCAAAAUCUAAUAAUAUUGUCAAAGUAAAUUCAUCAUUAGAAAUAACUAAUUCAUCAUUACCACAAGCAACUAUCAUAUCAGAAACUAUACCACGUCAAUAUCGUUCAACUAUGUUUGAUAAAAAUACACCAAUAAAUACACCAAAUGCAACAAAUCAAUAUUUAAAAUCAUGGCAACAACAAUAUAAUCAAAGUAAUCAUCGACAAAUACAAUUUAAUUUUUUUGUUAAUAAAAUAUCUAUAUCAUUAAUGGAUGAAUUAAAUGAUAUAUGUUUAUUUCGUGAAAUUCUUCGUGUAACAAUUGAUAAAAUAAAUUUAUUAUUUUAUCAACAUUUUAUUGAUACUGAACUAUGUUUAUAUCAACAACAAUUUUUUUGUUCAAUUGAUCAAUUACAAAUUGAUAAUCAAUGUUAUAGUUCAAAAAAUAAUUUUGAUUUUCCAGUUGUUUUAAUGUCAAAAGAUGAAAAACGUAUGUCGAAAACAAAAACAAAUGUUUAUGAAAAAAAAGAAUCAAGCGAACCAAGUUCUUCUCUGGCUAAUCAUCGUCGUGAAAAUUCGACUUCAUCAAUUGAUACAACUCUUACAGAAGAUCCAUUACCGGCAUUUGAUUCUUUAUCACAUAAUCAUAAAAUUUCUCGUCAAAAAUUUAUUAAUAAUAAUCAACGGAGAUUUUUUACGGCACAUUUUCAUCGAAUAAAUGAACGUUUUAUUAAAAUUGAUUUUCAAUUUCAACCAUUUGAUGUUUAUCUUGAAGAUCAUUAUGUUUAUGUUUUAUUAAAAAUUUUUAGUCAUUUAUUACCACUUGAUUUAAAUAUUCCAACAAAUAUAAAAGAAAUUCCAGUUAAAAUCGAAAAUAUUGAUAAUGCAUUAAUGAAAAUACCAUUUGUUUGUGAAUCUUUAUAUAUUGGACCAGUUGAUAUUGUUAUUAGUGUACAUGCUUCAAUGAAAGUUUAUAUUGGUUGUCAUCAAUUACCAAUGUUUAUUGAUAAAUUUCAAAAAACUUAUAUUUAUUCAACAAAUAAACAAUUAUUAACAUUAAUUACUAGACAUUAUUUUGUUUCUUUAUUAACACGAUCACCAAUUUUACUUGGAUCAUUUGAUCUAUUAGGCAAUCCAUCUGUAUUAAUUCGUAAUAUAACCGAUGGUAUUUAUGAUCUAUUUCAUUUACCAUAUGUUGGAAUGCGUAAUGGUCCAAGUGGAUUUAUGAUGGGUAUAUCUCAAGGUGCUACAAGUUUACUUAAACAUCUAUCAUUAGGUACAUUAACAUCAGUAACAACAUUUGCUAAUAGUGUUGCAAGAAAUAUGGAUAGAUUAGCUAUGGAUAGUGAACAUACAACACGUAAUGAAGAAACAAUGCGAAAUAUUCCAACUGGAAUGACUGAUGGUCUUUUACAAGGUCUUGAAUUAUUUAGUUUAAGUUUAUUAGGUGCUAUAGCUGGUUUAGCUGAACAACCUUUAGCUUCAUUUCGUAAUAAAGCUGAUUCACAACCUGCAACAACAACUGUUUUAUCCGGUGUUGGUAAAGGUCUUGUUGGUAUUGUUGUAAAACCAGUCGGUGGUGUUGCACAACUUAUAUCACAAACAGGUCAAGGUAUUCUUUAUGGUACUGGUUUAAUGAAUAUUCCACAUAGACGACAUCGACAAAUUGAACAAGAUGCACGAAUAAAUACAACUAUAAGUUAUCUUAAACUUUCUCAUUCUUGUCAAAUAACAAAUCAAGAUGAAAUACUUGAUAUCUUAGAAUAUGUUCUUGAACAUCAUCAUAUUGAACAUGGAAUAUUAAUAUUAACUAAAAAUCGACAUUUUAUGAUUUAUCAUAAAGAUGAUGAAAAUCAACAUGGUGAUUAUUUAUUAGAUCAUAUUGAAUUAAGUGAAUCACCUGAUUCAUCAGGUUUAUUAAUAUUUAAUAAUUUAUCAUUCUAUGUUGAUUCACGUCUUCGUCAUCAAUUUCUUGCAUUAUGUCGUCUUAUUCGUCAAUGA